AUGCUGUUUAAGUCCGUCACUGCCGCAGCCCUGCUGGCUUACACAGCUGCUGCCCAUUAUGUGGUCCCGCGAGCAGAUGGAAACUCUACGAGGCUUUGCGGUACCCCUGAGCCUACCGAAGCCCAAAUAGCUGCCUCGCAAGUUAUGCUCGCAAAAGAGCGGGAAAUGCGCGCCAAGGGCGAAUUCCGGGCCCUUAGAUCAUUCAGCGUGAACACCUACUUCCACGUUGUAGCGGCAUCAACAUCGCUCGAUGACGGUUACCUUACCCAAAAAAUGAUUGACGAUCAGCUCGAUGUUAUGAACGCGGCCUACGGUGUACAUGGCAUUACUUUCAACCUGGUUAGCACGGACUGGACGAUCAACCGCAGCUGGGCCGCGGACGGCAACGAACUUGCAAUGAAGAGGGCGCUUCGCAAAGGCACCUACUCGGACCUUAAUCUUUAUUUCCUCGGCGAUCUCGGCGGUGGAUUGCUUGGGUACUGCUACUUCCCAGACAACGUUGCUGAUGGAUCGACUGGGUUCUAUCAAGAUGGCUGCACCAUCCUAGCGCAUUCCGUUCCUGGGGGUAACGCAGCUCCGUAUGAUCUCGGAGGCACCGCUAUACAUGAGGUCGGGCACUGGAUGAAUCUCUAUCAUACGUUUCAAGGGGCGUGUACGGAUCCAGGUGACUCGAUCGCAGAUACUCCUGCCCAAGCUUCUGGUUCGAGCGGGUGUCCAAUAGGGCGCGACAGCUGCCCUGGCGGCGGUGUUGACCCUAUACACAACUACCUUGAUUACAGUGACGAGUUCAGUCUACCUGCCAUCUUUGAGUUAUAUCUGCUGACUUUUGAAUACAGUAUUUGCUACGAGGAGUUCACCCCAGGGCAGGAAGAUCGCAUGUACAGCGCAUGGUCUACUUAUCGUUCUUAAAGGAUGUGUAUUUAAAGACCGCGCAUAGUAUACUUACCGCUCUUAAAGGAUAUGUAGUCUUGGUGGCGGUGGCUGUGGAAUAUCUGGAUGUGUGGGACAUGUGCCAAUAUUGGUCGUAGCGGAGGUUAUCACAUAACCUUUCCCACAUAUACCUAGCUAGGUACCUAUUCAAUCCCGCACCUAAGAUCUUCCCUCAAAAUACCUACUACAUGUGCAUAUGUCACCUUAGACACCGGUUAGUGUUAAUAGAGCCAGAUAUCAUUUUCUAUUCGGCUCUAGAUAUCGCAUCCUUAACUUGUACCGGCUAGGGAAUUAAUUUACCCAGGAUAUCUCAUAGAUACUAUCCUAUAGAUACUAUCCCAUAACUAGGUACCUACCACACAGAAGUAUGUUAGACCCCGAGUCCAACGGUCUUUCUGGACGUCA